CUGAGGGAACAGGAGAAAAGGGGGUCUCUAGCUGAGGGAACAGGGACCCCUUCAGGAGAGAAAGGGGGUCCAGGCUGAAGGAACAGGGACCCCUGCAGGAGAGAAAGGGGGUCCCUGUUUGGCACCGGGAUUGGCUGCCCUCCUUUUCCCGUUCCGGGUCGCUCCGGGCGCUCAUGGCCGCGAAUUACGAGGAGAGCGAUGCUGGGAAGUUUAUCCCCGCGUCGCGCCGCGCCGACGGGACGUGGAGGAAACCGCGGAGGGUGAAGGAGGGCUACGUGCCACCGGAGGAAGUUCCCGUCUACGAGAACAAGUACGUGAAGUUCUACAAGAGCAAGCCGAGCCUGCCGCCGGGACUCUCUGUCGCUGCCGCCGACGAACUGAAGCAGAAAUCGCAGCAGGAGGGCGACCAGUCCAGCGGCGCCGCGCUUUCCAAAACCGCCAAGAAGAACCUUCGACGCAAAGAGAAGCGCAAGCAGCAGCAGGAGCCCCACGAGGGCGGCGGUGAGCACGAUGAGAACGACGUUGCCCACGACAGCGGUGGGGACGAUGACACCGCGGCCUUGAGCGAGGCUCUGCACAGGAGCAGCAUCGCCGAACGGGAUGCUGGAGACCCGGGCGAGGAGCGGAAAGCGGUGGCACCCGCCUCCACCGAGGAGCCCCACGCGGCGGGCGCCUCGGAUUUGGCGAAACGAAUCAAAAAUCUGAAGAAGAAAUUGAGACAGAUCGAGGAACUGGAGCAGAAGAUCCAGUGCGGGGAGUUGCUCCAGCCCAGCAAGGAACAGCAGGAAAAGCUGGCCCGGAAGUCCGCGUUGGAACAGGAGCUGGCAUCGCUGGAGUAACUCUGCCAGGCGGAAGAAAGUCCGGAUCCGUUGUCUCUGGAGAGUCGCGUUUUUUUCUUGUUUUUUUACUUUAUUUCACCUUUGUCCGCCACGGUUCUCCCGCUCUCCUCCUGCCGCUCGUCUCGGCGUCGCGUUUCCACCGGCCGGGGGCCCUUCACGUGCUCGGUCGACAGCCCCACGACACGUGCGAUUACUCGAGUAAGCCGAAUCACGGUCCGAUCAUCGCUCCACUCGGUCGCAUCGCGUCCGCCGCUGGACUGAGGGGCGACGGGGGCGGCACUUGACGAGGUCGUCGUCGUUGAGCUCAUCGCGCCGUGCGGUUGUGGCUUGGCGGGGUGGGGGCGGGGGGGGGGGAUGGCGUGGAGGUUUCCAGCAUUUCGGAAGGCAGCGUGUUGGGGAAGCGGGGGGGGGUCAGCCGCGGUUUUGGAAACUUCUCGCGUAACCGAUCGUGACGAAAGACGCCGAUUGCGACCUCGGUCGACCGGUCCACCCACCGGUUGACCGCUGCUGCCGAUCGUCCUCGCCGCCCCCCACGGAGCCCCCCCCCCCUCCUUGACCACACGGUCUCCCGAACGGGCCGCCGCGCCGCUCCUCGGUCGGCAGCCGGCCCACCUCGUCGCGAUGCGCUGAAGGCUGUCUCGGUCGCCGCUGCUCGUCGAGAAAUAAAGGGAGGCAGCCACGCCCCGCUGUGUUUUA